UGCAAGUGGGGCAUUAGUCAAUGCUUAGGCUCAUGUAGGAACUCCCUGAUUGGUUCUGGUUUACGUCUGUACAACGGGAUAAUUGAGGAUGAUGGCGGCUGUAGCACGCCCUUGCUUAUAUAUACCACCUCUUUCCUGCCUCAUUAAUCACCCCACCUUGUCAUUUGAACCUAUCCUGGUACUACCAGAAGUGAUCGGAAGCCUGCAGUAUGGGCAAUCUGUGCUGCUGUGUUCAAGUUGACCAGUCUACCGUGGCCAUCAGAGAGCAGUUUGGGAAGUUUGACAGUGUGCUUGAGCCAGGAUGCCACUGCCUGCCUUGGAUCUUUGGGAAACGUGUAGUUGGACAUCUCACACUCAGGUUGCAGCAGCUGGAUGUGCGCUGUGAAACCAAGACAAAGGACAAUGUGUUUGUCACUGUUGUUGCAUCGAUUCAGUACCGACCUCUGGCUGGCAAAGAAAGUGACGCAUACUACAAACUGACCAACACAAGAUCCCAGAUUCAAGCCUAUGUCUUUGAUGUGAUCAGGGCAAGUGUUCCAAAGCUCAACCUGGAUGAUGCUUUCGUGCAGAAGAACGAUAUAGCAAAGGCUGUGGAGGAUGAACUUGAGAAGGCUAUGUCCGCAUAUGGCUUUGAGAUCGUGCAGACCCUCAUUGUCGACAUCGAGCCGGAUGCGCAUGUCAAGCAGGCGAUGAAUGAGAUCAAUGCAGCUGCAAGGAUGAGGGUGGCUGCAAACGAGAAGGCGGAGGCUGAGAAGAUUGUCCAGAUCAAGCGUGCCGAGGGUGAAGCAGAGGCCAAGUACCUGUCUGGCCUCGGUAUCGCCCGCCAGCGCCAGGCCAUUGUGGAUGGCCUGAGGGACAGCGUCCUGGGCUUCUCAGUCAACGUGCCUGGCACCACUGCAAAGGAUGUGAUGGACAUGGUGCUGAUCACCCAGUACUUUGAUACUAUGAAAGAGAUCGGCGCAUCCUCCAAGUCCUCGGCGGUGUUCAUCCCCCAUGGCCCUGGUGCGGUGCGCGACAUCGCCACGCAGAUCCGCGAUGGUCUUCUUCAAGGCCAGUCUGCCUCUGACAACUAGCAGUUGGCUUUGCCGGCAUGAACUUUGAAGCUGGUGGUGGUUUGUGGUUUGCUAGCUAUUGCUUAGAGUACUGUCUAAUAUGAUGCAUGCCGUAUUAUUAUGAACUUAUAUGGAACCAUAUGUGGAUCGUGGCGUGCCAUGCCUUAGGUUGAUGUGCGGUAACAAAACCUUUAACCUUGUGGGAAUGCAGGAUGAUAUAAGUGUGUUAUGAAAUGUUGGUGAUGAAGUUGAUCUAA